UAGAUUUUGUUUUCCGUGUACUAACCGUAUUUUCAUCAAUUAGCACUGGGACUUUUUAGCGGUGUCAUAUUUUUGAUGGAUAGGAAACUUGUAAAAAUUGUUUUAAAGAGAUUUUGCAAAAACUUCCGAAUCAAAGCAAUCUGUCUUGGCAUAAAACAUGCAUAAGCUAAAGCUAAACCAGAAGGAUAAAGUGAAAAAAUUCAUAUCACUCACACAGACAGGAGAACAAACUGCAAUCUAUUGUUUGCAAAACAAUGACUGGAAGCUAGAUUUAUCAUGCGACAAUUAUUUCCAAAAUCCAGAUAUCUACUACCGUGAGUUGGAUCGUAAGAAAAUUGAACAACUAUUCAAUCGAUAUCGCGAUCCCACCGAUCCAAACAAAAUAAAUUCAGACGGUGUAGUCAAAUUUCUAGAUGAUCUGCAUCUUAGUCCAGAAUCAAAGCUGGUGUUGAUUAUUGCAUGGCGAUUUAAAGCGGAAACUCAGUGCGAAUUCACAAAGGAUGAAUUUGUCAACGGAUUCAGUGACUUAGGUGUAGAUAGCAUAGAUAAGCUCAAGGCAAAGCUACCCUUACUCGAAGUGGAAUUAAAAGACCCAAUGAAAUUUAAGGAUUUCUAUCAAUUCACCUUCAACUACGCAAAAGAUCCUGGUCAGAAGGGAUUAGAUCUAGAGAUGGCCAUUGCAUACUGGAAUAUAGUACUUAAGGAUAGAUUUAAGUUUCUGGAACUUUGGUGCAAAUUUUUAGUGGAAAAUCAUAAGCGGUCAAUUCCAAAAGAUACAUGGAAUUUGCUAUUAGAUUUCGCAACAUAUAUCGACGACAGUAUGUCGAAUUAUGAUGCUGAAGGAGCCUGGCCCGUAUUAAUUGACGACUUCGUUGAAUGGUGUCAGCAGCAGAAUAAGAUAAGUCAUCAGUCGGUAAUUACUUCCACCAGCGCAGUUGCCAGUACUGUCUAUUUACCGUCCACAUCUACGUCGGCCGUUACUUCACCAUCAUCGACGGUUCAAAAUCCCUACUGCUCUAGUAAAGGUAAUCCGUACAGUAGCAGCAGUAGCAGUACGGCUAACAUGUACUACUAAAACGACUGUCGCUUUCAUUCUUAUAGUUACCCUUGUCAAUCCCGCUUGAUAAAGGUUGUUUCGGUAUGUCUUCAACUGAGGAGAAAAGUUUCCACUAUUCUCAUUUUUUUGGUUUGUUGAUCUUGUAGAACGGAUUUCCAUUUUUAUUCUCCCAAGCUUCUACGAAGGCAAUUUUCUAAAGAAAAUCUUGCUGGUCGUAGAAUCUUGCCAUUGUUGAGUCGUUUUGCGUAUUUGACGAAAGGUAAAAAUAUUAUAUUUCAUGUAUAAGUCGUGCAAAGAGUACAUAAGCAGGACAUAAAUACUAUACAGAUCCUACAGAAACUCAGUUUAAAAAAAUAGAAACAGUAGUGCAAAUUAUAACUUUCAGUUUGUCUAUAGGUCCUAACUCUUCGAUAGCAAAACUGAAAACGUAAGAACUAUUGAAACUCAUUGAAUGUUGAAAAAUAUAUGCUACAUUAUCGAAAAUAAUGUAGUCAUGAAAAAUA